UCAAUGUAACGUUACCGUAAGACUGUUGCAAUGCAAAUGUCAUCUUGAGCAACAUGACGCAUUCAUUAACCUGUCAAACUGCCUGCAGCAUUAUCUGUCAAAAAACCAAAACAAACCAAAACUAAAAAUAAUAUUUAAGGUUCUUGGUGCAAUUUUUUUUUUUGAAAAACAAAAGUGAAAUUACCAACCGAUAAUGUUAAAAUUAAGAAAACUAACAAGCCUUUCAAGAACCUUCCGAUAUUCUAGUCAGCUUUCACAGAAAAACCCAAUUGAGUCAACUGGCAAUCAAACUAAAAGCUCCCAACAAAAUGCAUCGGAAUUUUCUCGCAUUUCGAAGGCACACACAACAAAGCUGGGUGAUUCUUUUGGAAUUCAGGGUUGGAUUCAGAAUAUUCGCCGAAUGAAAAUGAAUUUAUUCCUCGACGUAAAUGAUGGAUCUACAGCUGAAAAAUUUCAAGUGGUUGUGCCAAGAAAUGACCAAACAAAAUCUCUUUCACCUGGUUGUUCGGUUAGUAUAAGUGGAGUUAUACAAACUGCACCCAAUGGACAUAAUGAACUUCAUGCAAACGAAGUCAAUGUUAUAGGUGACUCAUCGCUACAGGAUGGCUAUCCCUUUGUACCAAAACAACAACAUCCUCCUGAAUAUGUGAGGGAAUAUCUGCAUUUCCGUUCACGAGUCGACUACAUAGCUGCCCAGAUGAGAGUUCGUCAUAGAGCUGCUAAGGCAAUUCAUGAUUUCAUGGAUGAACAAGGCCUAAUCCAGAUUCACACCCCUAUUUUGACCACAAAUGACUGCGAAGGAGCUGGAGAAACUUUUGUAGUGAAGCCAGAUAAUGAGAAACUCUUGAAAGAAAUGUCCCGUGAUGGAAUCCCUUUGGACGAAAGUUACUUUGAUCAAAAAGUUUUCCUAAGCGUUUCUGGUCAACUCCACCUUGAAGCUGCCACAUAUGGCCUGGGCGGUACAUACACAUUUUCUCCUGCCUUUCGAGCCGAAAACUGCAAGUCUCCCCUGCAUCUGUCCGAGUUCUAUAUGCUAGAAGCUGAAUUAGCAUUUCUGUCAACAGUGGAAGAGUUGACAAAAUUCAUUGAGACAAUGGUAAAGGCGGUGAGUCAAGACAUCAUGGACAAGAGCUCUCAGGACAUCCACCAUUGCCAGAAGAAAGCAUCUGCCGAUGUUGAUCUCUCCUGGUUGAAUAGGAGUUGGACAACUUUGUCCUAUGACGAAGCAUUCACCAUCAUCAGUGAUAAUAAAUCGAAAUUCAAAACAGCUCUCAAGGCUAACGAGGGUUUCUCCAAGGAGCAGGAGCUCUUCCUAGUAAAUCACCUCAAAAGUCCUCUCUUUGUCGUCGAUUGGCCGGCCGAUCAAAAGCCCUUCUACAUGAGACAGUCCAAAAAAGAUAGUUCCAAAGUACAUGCGUUAGAUCUCCUCAUGCCGUCAGUGGGUGAACUCUGCGGAGGUAGUCUGAGAGAAGACAACUACGAGCUCCUAAAGGAGAAAGCUCCUCCAGGACUGCAGUGGUACGUGGAUCUAAGGAAAUAUGGCGCUAUACCCACAGGAGGCUUUGGCCUUGGAUUUGAACGAUUCCUUCAACUGCUGACUGGAGUGAAAAACAUCCGUGAUGUGAUUCCCUAUCCCCGAUACCCACAUUCGUGCAAAAUGUAAAUUAAAACGAAAACCAAUUAA